UCAAGAUAAAAGAGAAAGCAGCCAGGUAAACCAGAGCUUCAGGGAAGAAGGGAAGUUGGAGACAGGCUGAGCAGGCCGGAGUUUCUUCUCAGCUCCUCUGCCCAGCCAUGGGGACUUUCAAUCUGUGGACAGAUUACCUGGGUCUUGCAAGCCUGGUUGGGGCCCUGCAUGAGGAAGAGGAGCCCAGCGUCAGGCUGGAUCCCAAGCCAGAGCCCAAACCAAGCCCAGCAAGCCAGCAAGCCAGCAAAGACUCCUCACCAGCACCAGAACGGCUCUGUUCAUUCUGCAAACACAAUGGAGAGUCCCGGGCCAUUUAUCAGUCCCAUGUCCUGAAAGAUGAGGCAGGCCGGGUCCUGUGUCCCAUCUUGCGGGAUUAUGUAUGUCCCCAGUGUGGGGCCACUCAGGAACACGCCCACACCCGACGCUUCUGCCCACUCACCGUCCAGGGCUACACUUCCGUCUACUGCUACACCACCCGGAAUUCUGCAGGCAAAAAGCUGCCCCGGCCUGACAAGGCAAAGACACAGGAUGCUGGCCACCGCCCUGGAGGAGAAGCAGCAGCAGGUUCCAAAAGUGGCAGGAAGCCCUCUGGACCUUCACCCUCGGCCUGCUGUCCCUCCACGAAGGCCUAGGAGCUUGGAGUAGGAAGGACCGUGGUGGCACCCGUGCCAGGGGUCUGGACACAGUCUUGUCAGAUCGCUAGGCCUUCCCCUACCCUGUUCCUGCUUGUGUUGUUGCAUCAGCGCCCAAUAAACGUUGAGGAGUGGAGCCUGGUCUUGGGACAGCGGGUGUGAAUCUGGCUGGCAGGGACACCUUUACUCUAUAGAUCACACCCUUGCUCUGUCACCUCCCACCUGACAAACUGCUCUUUGAAUCUUGGGGUCACCUUGGGGAGCUGAAGCAGGAGUGGACUGCAUUAGGGCACUCCCUGCAUACUGGUAUGCAAAAUGAGGGCCU